AAUCGGAUAGGUAGCUGAAGACAAUCCAUCUUGCAGCUGAGAGCCAGAGAGCUCUUCUAUCCUUGCACAGAGCUCAAGCCUCGUGCAGCCGUGCUUCCAUGGCUCUCCUCCGGCUCCAAGAACGGUGCUCGCUCCUCCAAAUCUCCAGCUUCCACCUCCAAAAUCCCCUCGAACCCCCAAGAAAUCGUCGCAAGAACCAACUUUUACCGCCCAACGCGGCAAAGAUUGCCAACUCCUCCAAAAUCCCUGUUCAUCGCACCCCCGCCGCCGCGCCCAAGGCCGCAAUCUUGGCGCGAAAGGCGGAGCCUUGGCGGGAAGCCCUCGUCCCCCUCACCGUCGCCGUCGCGUCCUGGCCGCUCCCUUCCCUCGCGGCGGAGGGCGACGGGAAGGUGAGCCUCGAGUCCAUCGUGGUGGCCAUCGACGACUUCAACAACCGCAACCCCUUCUUCGUGGCCGGGGUGGUGUUCGUGUGGCUCGUGGUGAUCCCGCUAGUGCAGGAGUACUACUUCAAGAAGUACAAACCCGUGAGCGCCAUUGACGCGUUCCGCAAGCUCCGCGACGUGCCGGAGGCGCAGUUGCUGGACAUCAGGCUGGGCAAGAGCGUGCGGUUCAUGGCGCCGCCGAACCUCAGGCUUCUCGACAAGAGCGCCGUGCAGGUCGAGUACAACGAGGACGACGAGGAUGGCUUCGUCCCGGAGGUGCUGGCAAGGUUCCCGGAUCCGGCGAACACCGUCGUCUGCGUCCUUGACAACUUCGAUGGUAAUUCUUUGAAAGUUGCUGAGCUACUAUUCAAGAAUGGUUUCAAGGAAACCUAUGCAAUCAAAGGGGGGCUGAGAGGUCCAGAAGGGUGGCAAGCGGUUCAAGAAAACUAUCUUCCCCCAUCUGUACAUGUUUUUCCGAGAAAGAAGAGCAAAAAGUUAGCACACACAGAUGUUAGCACUGAUGGAACGGAUGGUCAGCAGGAGGGGAGUGGGGAACCAGUGGUUCCGAAUAGCAGCUCUAUAGUUGAUGCAGGCAAUGGAUCCAGGGAUGGUCAUGAGAAUCCGAAUGGAAGUAUUUCUGCCGUGAAACAUGCAACUAGGAGACCAUUAUCACCAUAUCCAAAUUACCCUAACUUGAAGCCACCAUCAUCUCCGACACCGUCAAAACCAAAGAGUUAGGAGCAAUGCAGGGGGCAAUCAUACGUGUGAGACUCAAAGUCAGAACCAGUCAUCUCCUACACAAACAUUUUGGUAUACUUCUAACCCAUGGAUGUUGAGGUGAUUGAUCUCAACGCAGAUGGCCAUUGCAGUUGUCGGAAAAUAUUGCUGCUAUUGAGGCCACGUGAAUUCUUGUGUAAUUGUCAAACUUUUCCCAGUUUGUUGUACUUCAAUUGUUUGUACAUUGCAGUGGAGCCAAAUGACAUUGUAUAUGAGAUUUGAAACUCUUGUGACAUCGUAGCACUUUUCAGUUUGAUAAUUGUGGUUAUGUUUAAUA